AUGGAUGGCGAGCGGAAUGAAGCCGAGCAACAACUUCACGACCAGGCCGGCCUACCACAGCAGGUAAUAUCUCAGAUCCUAGAUACUCCGGUCAUUGCUGGGGAACCGGAUAUCCCAAGGUGGUCCCUUUCUAGACUUGGAGAAUUCUCAUUAGCAACAACAUGGGACACCAUUCGCACACAUAGACCAAGGAUUCAGGGGCUCGAAGACAUUUGGAGGGCCGGCCUGACUAACUCUAUUGCAAUCUUUAACUGGCGCCUCUUGUCGAACCGCAUCCCGGUCGACUCCAAACUCCAGUGGAGGAAGAUCGAUCUGGCCUCAAAAUGCCAAUGCUGCCCUAGGAGCCCUAACACUGAAUCCCUUCAGCACCUCUUCAUCCAAGGCCGAGGUGCAUUUUGUGUAUGGCGAGAGUUCGACGGGUGGUUUGGAGGGUCGGCACCCUCUCUGCGGAUAAAUGACACCAUUCCGGAUAGAUUAGAGGUCUGGUCACACCGGAUGCAACAGGAUGAUAGAAAACAUCUCUGCCGAGUCAUUCCGUACCUCAUCCUUUGGUACAUUUGGGCGGAGCAUAACAGAAGCCGGCAUGAGCAAACCCAAUUCAAAUCGUACAACGUGGUGUGGCAAGUGCAGAUGUUUAUCCACAACAACAUGGCCAAUGGGACCAUCAAGCCGAAACACUAG